AUGAAUAUCUCCUUCCAACUCUAUUUUACCUUCACAAGAUGGCUUUUCCUUGUAUUUCUUCAAAUUUCAAGUUUCAGGCUUCUGGAUCAUUGUAUCAUUAUGGAAUGGGAUUCUCAACAGAUGCGCCCAGUGGAUAAACAUGAUGAUUGUAAGCUAAAUAAUAAGGUUGAGAAUACACGAGUCCCUUUGAAAUACAUCAUUAAACAGGAUGUGAAGAACAACCCUAUCAUGGUUUACAUGAAAGGAGUUCUCGUGUGUUCUAGGAACAACUUGGAUGAUUAUGAGCUUCAGAAUGUUGAGAUAAUGAGCAAUUGA